UCCAUUAAAACGUUCGGUCAGAAGCUUGGAUGAAGCGAGAAGAAACGGAUCGAGGUACAACAUUCCCUUGAUUUGUGGGAUAGCAUGAGCCGAGAUCCCUCGAAGGAUGGCUUUCUUCCUACCUGUUCAGAUGAAGAUGUGCCCCGUCAAUGUUUUCAGCUCUGUUGAUAGGUGUAAAGUUGUCACUGACUAUAAACUGAAAUCAAGUCAUCAUGAUGUGCUGGCCGGGGAAGAACAAUCUCGUCGCAGGUUUCUUCUAGGAUGUAGCAUGAUCCCUUUUGUUUCAUUUAAUGGAAGAUUUGGUUUGUUACCAGCUUGGGCUGGAGAGAAAUCAAAAGCAGCCCAAGAUGAUGAGGGCGUUAUUGGAGCCUUAAAGUCCUUGUUUGAACCAAAUGAGAAAACUAAAUCAGGGAAAUUCUUACCCAAGGACUACUUGAAAUCAGUGAGAGGAGUGAUUAAGACAUUGCGGGAAUCACUCGAGGAGGAUCCCAAUGACAUGGCCAAGUUUAGGAGAACAGCGGAUGCAGCAAAGGAGUCAAUUCGUGCGUACUUGGGUGGGUGGAGAGGAGAUAAAACUGUGGUUAAUGAGGAAUCAUAUGAGAUGCUAGAGAGAGCAAUAAGAGCAUUAGCCAACUUUUACUCAGAGGCAGGCCCAUCUGCACCACUUCCUGAGCAUGUUAAAGUUGAGAUUCUAAAUGAUCUCAUCAAAGCAGAGGAUGAUUUGUAAAAAGAAACAGCAGAGAAUCUGUUAAUGCACAAGCAAUCCACUGGAAGACGUACGUUUUCUCACCCCAUUGCUGUAUACACGAUAGCAAAACAAGUUUCAGGAAUGGGGUGACAACCCCCAUCUUGAGUUACAUGAUGGAUGACAAUCUAUGGGUCAAUUUGAGAUUAGUCUUGUUAUGUGCUGAGUUGUGAAGUGGUCCUUGAAUGCCCAUGGAUACAUUUGUUCCAAUUUUACAAAUUUUGUUUUAAUUGUUCUAAAAACAAAUUGAAGGGCAUAGAUGUUCUACGCAGUAUAAUUACAUUGUAUAUACAUUUUUAUCCCAUCAUUUUAUGCUAUAAAUAAAUUAUUGUGACCACAACUAUGUUUAGCAUUUGGUAAUGAGGUUGUAAAAUUUUAACCAAACGAAUAAAUGACCCAUUA